AUCCGUGAUGCUGUUGGGCCGCCUUACCAGUUAAAUCUCAGCAUCGGUAUAAAAGCAGGCCAUAUGAGCGAACACAAACAGCUAGCCCCCAAACCAAUAAAGCUUGCAAACGCGCUCCUCCAUAUCAGCAUCACGAGCGCUAUAGCAUCUGGAAUGGAAAUUGUUGUCACAGAACACCGAGCAAUUGAGCCGCUUGGUGCUGGCCCGAUUUCUUCAAGUCGGAAAGGAAUGUUUAACUUUUACCCGACUCUGGCUCCGGAAGCAACCCUGCUAUCCAGCUUAAGCAAGAGCGUGCCAGUGUCUAGUAAGACUUCGGUCACUGUGUCAAGCAAAACCUCUUCGGUGUCUAGCAAAACCACGUCGGUGUCCAGUAAGGGCACGCCUGCGUCUAGCAAGACUACUUCGGUAUCCAGCAAGCCACCGCCGGUAUCCAGCACUGCGUCAGUCUUCUCGUCAAAAAUCAAGCUCUUCAAUUUCUACCCCACCCUUGUUUCUGCUUGA